AUGAAGAACCUGGCAGACCCUACGAAGCCCAGCGAGGGCAAUCUACCGACAACAGAGACGACACCACUUCUAGGAGCUCCCGAAAGCAGUCCAGCAAAAGCCGUAACGCAAAAUGGCCACGCCACGAAACCCACCGAUGAUGAUCCCCCCAAUGCAUUCAUCAGCAACACCGGGGACGCGGACGAGGAAGAAGAGAAGCCAAUGCCCUACCUCCAAAUCCUAAUCCUCUGCUACGCCUCCCUAGCCGAACCCGUAGCCUACUUCUCCAUCUUCCCCUUCAUAAAUGAAAUGGUCUUCCGCCUGGGCCACCUCCCCGAAACCUCGGUGGGCUUCUGGACCGGCACAAUCGAAUCCCUCUUCAGCGUCGUCCAAAUGGUCCUCAUGAUCUUCUACGGCAGAGCGGCGGACCGUUGGGGACGAAAACCGGUGCUGGUGUUUAGUCUUGUGGGUGUGAGUCUUGCGACGGCGGUCUUCGGUUUGAGUGAGAGUCUGGCGGGAAUGAUCGUUGCGAGGUGUGGGGCAGGUCUUUUCGCGGGUAGUGUGGUCACGAUAAGGACAAUGAUCAGUGAGAAUUGUACUAAGAAGAGUCAGGCGAGGGCGUUUAGUUGGUAUAUGUUCAUGAGGAAUCUGGGCAUCUUCAUAGGGCCCUUGAUUGGUGGCCCACUAGCCUGCCCCUCAGACCCAAACAGAUCACCCGGCCCCUUCUGCAGAGUACCAUUCUUCCAGCGCUUCCCAUACGCUCUCGCCACUUUCGUCGCCGGCGCCGUCUGCUUCACCGGAGUAAUCGCCUGUGUCUUCUUCCUCAAAGAGACACUCAAACGUGAUAUAGACACGAACAACGACGGAAUCUCAAGACCAGCCAAGUCAAUGACAACAAUGGACGUCCUUCAUGCUCCCGGUGUACCCAUGGUCCUCUAUAUCCUGGGUCACACCAUGUUGCUCUCUCUAGGUUAUACAGCCGUGUCACCUGUAUUUCUGUUCACGAGCAUAAAGAAAGGCGGUCUCUCCUUCGACGACCGACAAAUUGCAAUAUUCCUUGCUGUGGCUGGAGGAAGCCAAGCAUUGUGGAUGCUUCUCGUGUUCCCUCCCGUGCAGAGGAGGUUCGGGACUGGGAAUGUUUUGAGGGUGUGCACACUUCUGUGGCCGGCCAUGGUUGCCAUGUUUCCGGUAUACAACGAGUUGCUUCGACAUGGACUGGAUAGAGUAUUUUGGGUCACUUUCUUUCCCGCUCUUGCACUUGGUAGUGGGGUGGCUAUGUCGUUUGCCUGCGUACAACUUGCGAUAAACGACAUUGCUCCCUCUAGCCAAGUCCUGGCUACUGUCAACGCUCUAGCUCUCGCGGUAAACAGCGGCGUACGUGCUUUCGCGCCAGUCUUGUUCACGAGUCUGUUUGCGGUCGGCAUAAAGUCGCAAUGGGCCGAUGGACAUCUCAUAUGGGUCAUUCUCUUCGUGCUAGCCAUUGGUUUACACAUCGCAUGUUGGUUCUUGCCUGCCCAGGCGGAAGGAAAGUACGAUCAGCCCGCUAAGCCCCAGCAACGGCCAGAGAACGGCGAGGUAGAGUAA